GGCAGCAGACGGUGCGUGAUGACGCUGUAAAGAUGGCGGCCGUGGCUGUGUUAGCAGAGCUGAGGCUCAGAGACGGACACAGAGAGAAAAUCUGCGUUAAAGUAGAAAAUAAUCUGAGUUGUCUGAUCAACGGGAUUCACCAGCUGAACGCGGACGCGUCACGGCUCCUCAGCGAGCUGGUGGAGCGGGAAAACCUCCGCGGAGCAUGCGCAGAACAAGGUCAGGAGGAGGAAGAGAGUGAUGAAGAGGAGGAGAGUGAUGAAGAGGAGGAGGAGGAGCCUCAAAACUCUCAACCCCAACCCCCCGCUAAGCGAUCCAGAACCUGAAACCCUUUGAACAGCUGGGACUGUGUGCGAGACACGAUGACAUCACCGGUUGAUCUCUAAUCUCCAGCAUACCAUAAUGCUCCCGAGCAGAUUAGGUGUUCAGCAUAAGUUACCACGGCGAUUUGUAACCCGGUAACAACUGAUCCACCGUCGUGAUACACCAAACCCUGGACCUGAAGUUACCUUGGUAACACCAAAUCCCAAUGGUAUCUUUUCUGGGAUGACAAUAACUCUUCAAUCUACAAAACCUCUUUCACAACACCAGGGGGCGCCAACAGACCAUAAUAACAGACCCUAACAGACCCAACAGACCAUAAUAACAGACCAUAACAACAGACCAUAAUAACAGACCCUAACAGACCCAACAGACCAUAAUAACAGACCAUAACAACAGACCAUAAUAAGAGACACUAACAGACCAUAAUAACAAACCCUAACAACAGACCAUAAUAACAGACCCUAACACCAGACCCUAACAGACCAUAAUAACAGCUCAGAAGUGAUUUCUCUUCAGUGUGUUUAUUUGUCACAUUAAAGCAAAUGAAAACACUUUUCUAUAAAACGUCACAUUUUAUUUGUUUUUUUCAUUUUACUGUCGUCACAAUAAAGUUGUCAUGGUUACCA